CGCGGGGCAUGCGGCUGUGCGAGAGGCCCUCCCCGGCGGCGCGGCGGCGCUGCGCGGCGCUGCUCGGCUCCCUGCUGCUGGCCGCCGCCCUGGCGCUGCGCAGCGCCAGCCGGCCCUGCCCCGCCGCCCACCCCCGCUGCCGGGAGCGCCGCUACCCGGCGCUGGAGCUUUCCGCCGGCAGCGGGAUCAACUGCUCGGGGGUCGUCCGCGGGGACGAGAAGGCCAUCCAGGAGGCGCAGCUCAGCAACCUGGAGGUGGCCAACAGGCGGGUCGCCCUGACGCCCGGUGAUUACCUGAACAUGACGAAGGACUGCAGCAGCUUCAAGGAGACACGGCGGUUCAUCGAGUUCCCGCUGAGCGAGGAGGAGGAGGAGUUCCCCAUCGCCUUCUCCAUGGUCAUCCACGACAAAAUCGAGAUGUUCGAGCGGCUCCUGCGGUCCCUCUACACACCCCAGAACGUCUACUGCGUCCACAUUGACAGCAAGUCCCCGGCCACCUUCCAGAAGGCCGUGCGGGCCAUCGUAGCCUGCUUCCCCAAUGUCUUUGUGGCUAGCCACCUGGAAAAGGUGAUCUAUGCCUCCUGGUCCCGGCUGCAGGCCGACCUCAACUGCCUGCAGGACCUGUUGAGGAGCCCUGUGCCGUGGCGUUACGUCCUCAACACCUGCGGCACCGAUUUCCCCAUCAAGACCAAUGCCGACAUCGUCCGUGCCCUGAAGAUGCUGCGGGGGCGGAACAGCAUGGAGUCGGAGAAGCCCUCACUCAUCAAGCAGGCACGCUGGCAGUACCACCACAAAGUGGGGCAGCUCAUCUCCCGUACAGCCACGCAGAAACUGCCGCCACCCCACAACUAUCCCAUGUUCACAGGCAACGCGUACAUCGUGGUCACACGGGCCUUCGUGGAGCACAUCUUCAAGAACCCCACGGUGCAGCAGUUCCUUGAGUGGGCCAAGGACACCUACAGCCCCGAGGAGCAUGUCUGGGCCACGCUCAACCGCAUGCCUGGCGUGCCGGGCGCCAUGCCCCAGAACGACAAGUUCCAGCUCUCGGACAUGAACGCCCUGCCCCGCCUGGUCAAGUGGCAGUACCUGGAGGGCGACACCAGCAAAGGCGCGCCCUACCCGCCCUGCACGGGCCAGCACCAGCGCGCCGUCUGCAUCUACGGGGCAGGCGACGUGCCCUGGCUGCUCCAGCAGCAUCACCUCUUGGCCAACAAGUUCGACCCCCAGGUGGACGACGCCGCCAUCCGCUGUCUCGAGGAACACCUGCGCCACAGGGCCCUCUACGGCCGGGGACUCUGAGGGGAGGCGGCGAAGACCCUCGCCAGCACCUGCCUCCUUCCAUGGGCGACUCCAGCUGACGGCGCCUCGGGGAGAGCGGGAGACAGGCAGGGCCGAGUUAUGGACCACGGUGACUCCAGAGCCUACUAGAAGCAGAGCUGGAACUACAAUUCAUUUGCUUUUCUACAAAGCACCUGGCAGGCCACCUGCUGCACUGCUCAGCUUAACAGGGAGCUGCUGCUUUUGCACCAUGUGAAAGUUUACUUGCUGUCAACAGCCCUUAGCCAUUAAAGAAAAAAAAAAAAAGCCUUUAAUAAAAUCAAAUAUACUGAAAUA